ACGCAUUUCAUCAAAAUUCACUAUGUGAAUAUAAACGUCCUGUUAGUCCUUAUAUGUUCCAUGUAAUAAAAAAACCUAUAAUUUGAUAAAAAGAUAUAUAAAAGAAACCAUUUAAUUCGUUUGUAUAUAUUAUAGCGUAUACUUACUGGGGCUUUGAUUCAAUAUGGAUCCCUUUGAAGGAAGAAUGGCUUUUUUGCAGCUUUUGAAUAAGCUAAGUGCUUCCCAGUUAUCGCAACUGAAGCCUGCCCAGUUUGCUAUAAAAAACAUGGACCUUGAAGAUGAUUUAUAUUCCUGCAUAUGGGAAGAGUUGGAAUCUGGAUCUUUUAAUACGAGGGUUAAUAUCAUGUACUUUGUGGAUACCUUAUGUGAAUUAAGUUUAAAAAAUGGAAUCACUAGUGGUUAUAUUACUAUGAUUACUCGUGAUAUUUUAAAACUGGUAGAAUACGUGGUUCCAAUUGGAAUUGCGGGAGCAGCCAAUGCUCCUGAAGUAAGAAAGGUGCUUCACUCUCUGCGUCUAAAAAACAUAAUAGAUGACGCUCGGCUUCAGGAGGCAAUGAACUUGGUAGACGCUCAUGAACAAGCAAGCAAAGCAGGUGAAGACCAAGGCACCGCGUCAAUUUCUAGAGCCGACAUAUUAAAGCGAUUAGAAGAAGAUCGGGAACGGCAUAAGCGCAUGCGCGAAAACAUAUGGGCAAUAGCGAAACCAGAAAUAGAACCUGAGAUUGCUUGGAAUACUAUAGAACCAAUCACAGAAGGUGAUUUGGAAUCAUUGAACGACGAUUUUGUAAGGUUUAAUGAAUGCAUUCGUGAAUCUCUUUGUUAAUUAUAUGAAAAGGCCGAAUUAGAGUCGAAGGAAAGCAUAUAUUGUAAGUCAUAGUCCAACUGUGGGUCAAAAAAGGGGAUUUAUAGAGUAGAGAAAGUUUUACAGCAAAUGAUCAAAGCCAUUUAUAUAUGUAUGCGUACAUAUUUUUUCUUCUUCCAAAA